AUAGAAGCGUACAGCCUGAUUAGCAUGGAUACGAGAUAUCCGAGUCAAUAAAGACAUCUCCGCUUUUGGUUAUUUAGAGGAGAUUUAGAUCCUCCUUUCUCGCUAAUAAUUAUAGCAGUUCUACCUUCAAUUAACUACAGAUUAUCACAAUGCCUCGUGACAUGAGACCAACCAAGCUCUAUGGGGGCUACCUUGGUCCGAACCCACUCAAAGCAUCCUUCAUCCUCUCGGAGCUCGAUAUCUUCGAAUAUGAAGUCAUCAACCCUAACAGCCGCCUCCCAGCCAUCCACGACCCCAAUACCGGCAUCACCAUCUGGGAAUCCGGCGCCAUCCUCGAGUACAUUCUCGACACCUACGACAAAGAGCACAAGCUCAGCUUUGCCCCUGGCACGAAGGAAUUCUACCAAGCUCGUCAGUGGCUAUACUACCAGGUUACUGGUCAGGGCCCGUACUACGGCCAAGUUGUCUGGUUCAAGCGGUACCAUGCAGAGCGGGUGGACAGUGCGGUACAGCGCUAUGUGAACGAGAUCAAACGUGUAUCAAAAGUGUUGGACGAGUGGUUGGAACGCAGAGAGUGGCUUUUUGGUGAUAAAAUGUCGUAUGCUGAUUUAGCGUUUGUGCCAUGACAAAAUAAUGUGCAGACCAUAUUGUCUGAUGAGGGGUAUGAUGGGAAGGAAAUUCCGCAUAUGACGGCGUGGUUAAAGAGGAUGACUGAGAGGCCGAAGAUGAAGGAAUUGGUUGAGGUUCAAGGGAGGCUGUUUCAGGAGAUGCAGGAGAAGUUUUUGGGUUAGU